CAUGGGGGAAAAGCACACUAACAUCAUUAUCCACAUAACAUUACUGUGUUGGUUUUACAGUUGCUCUAUAAUUCCUGAUACACAAGAGAUUUGAGCAAAAAUACCCUCAACAUUAUAAUGAUAUCAUUAUAAAGUUUAUAUGAUUUAAGAGGACUAACAGACCUCUGGGGUGGCAGAUGCCACUCUGUGCCACCCAUGUAGCCACUCCUCUUUAAUAAUUAAUAACAACGACGAGACUUUUAAUAGUCCUCUAUCCAACUAAAACGCGGUUUGAGUACUAAGAGAACUUUUAUUAUUAUUAUUUUUUAAACUAAUAAUACUGUGUAUUCCAUUAAAAUGGCAUACUGUGGCAUUUUGCUCCCUGAGGCGUUAUAAACGCUCCUGUACUGAUACCAUGCUAAAGCUAAAAUAGCGCAGCCGUCUAAGUAAAGGCUGGAUCCCAAAUGGCUUCCUACUAUCUUUCUAGUGCACUACAUAGGCUGUAGAAGCCAUUAUUUCAUACCCUCUGAAGUCAGUACUUAUAGGAAGUUCGAAGUUAUUUGGAAGUCAGUUUCAAUGUUGUCCGUUCUGGUUAUUUAGAGCUAUAUAGAGUAAUCUUUGCAGGCUGUAUUUGCAGGCUAGCGGACUAGCCUUGAAUCAAAGAGGGGGAGAGCGCCGGCCUGGCGAUCCGGGGCUUUUCCUGAAAUUCGAAUCCGACCACCGCGAGGGAAUGAUGGGGAGCGACGCUGUUGAUUUCCCGGUGGCUGUGGUUCUGCCGGCUGCUGGUUGCGGUGAAAGGACAGGGCUGGCGACCCCCAAACAGUUCUGCACCUUCCUCAACAGACCACUCAUCAGCUUCACCAUCGAAACUUUUGAAAGAAUCCCGUGGAUCGAAAGCAUCGUUGUUGUGGUUGCUAAGGAGAGCCAUGACCUGAUGCUGCACAUCAUCCAUCAGUUUCAUCAUACAAAAGUGAAAGUGGUUGAAGGGGGAACCACGAGACAUAGAUCCAUCUUCAAGGGUCUUCAGGCGUUCAGCGAGAGCACAGAGGGUCCUGUGCUUCCCAGGCCAAAGGUGGUCAUCAUCCACGAUGCCGUGCGUCCGUUCGUAGACGAGGACUUUCUACUCAAAAUCACACUGGCAGCCAAAGAGCAAGGGGCUUCUGGAGCCAUCCGUCCUCUGGUGUCCACGGUGAUUGCCACCACCUCUGAAGGCUUCCUGGACCACUCACUGGAGCGAACGAAGUACAGGGCCAGUGAAAUGCCCCAAGGAUUUCUCUAUGAUGUCAUCUAUCAAGCCUACCAAAGGUGCAGUGAGUUUGACUUUGAGUUUGGCACCGAGUGCCUGCAUUUGGCCCUGCAGUACAGCGGCACCAGUGCCAAGCUCAUUGAAGGACCACCGACACUGUGGAAAGUGACAUACAAACGAGAUUUGGCUGCAGCAGAGUCAAUUAUCAAAGAGACUCUCUCGCUGUCAGCGUGCCUCAUCUCAGGAGCCAUGGCAGAAACCGUUGAGCUUUCCAGCAGGCUCCAAAAAAACCUGGAAUCCCACCAUAUGGCAGUGGAUGUUAUCGCAUGCACGAAGGAAAAUAAUGAACUGCUGCUAAAGACCAGGAACUUCAUCCAGAUAUCUACCAGUGGUGCAAGUUUAUCUGAAACCGAGGAGAUGGUGAAGGUUUUUGAGGAGACAAAGCAUGCCCUUUUGUACCCGGUUGUUAUUGUACUGGUUCAUUUACAUAAGUCAGAUGAGGCAUCGGAUAUCCAAAAGAAUGAUGAGCUGACGGCCCUCAUGGAUCUCUCUAUGAAGGUCAAACAGGGGAAUAUUUUACUCUACAGUGUGCGAAUUAUUUACUCCAAGGUCCCUGAGCUCUGGGAGAGGUCUGUAGCAAGACUAUCAGAGAUCACAGAAUCUCUUAUCAGAGACAGAAACCCGGUUCUUACUGGACAGAUGCUACGAGCCUGAGACACCAGGGUCAGCCACACACACACACACACACACACACACACACACGUACACACACACGUACACACACACACACACACACACACACACAUUUGUAAUUCCCUUUGUGGGGUUUUUCCAGCGAAAUAUGUGUUAGUGUAGCUAAACAAUGAAACAAUGCUAUGCCUACACCUACACACAACCCCCACCUUAACCUCAGUAACCCAAAGGAAAUCUUUGGCACUUUUAUUUAUUUGAAUAAAAGCUGCAGUUUCUGUUAAAAAAAAAAAAAAAUCCUUAUGGGGACCAGCCAGAUGUCCCCACAUGGGCAAACCUGUCACUUAUACAUUUGGUCCCCAUAAAAAUAUAUAAAAAACAAAACAAAACAAAAAAACAGCCCACACACACACACACACACACACAGCACCACCUCAGCCAUGGACUAAAUCCACUGUACUGUCAAGACUUUAUAGCCUGAUGUGUAAGCUGUUUAAUUAAAAAGAAAAAAAAAUACAUAUGUUUAAACUGGCAUUUGUCUUUUUUUGACACUUCUUAAUGUUUAGGCUAGAGUUUAACUGCUGAAUCACAUUAAUGCAUUGUUUAUAACUUUAUGUAUACUAUGGCUGUCUUAGCUCUGGACUCAAUUGCACUUUCACAUGCUUGCUUAAUAUUCGUGACAAAAACUUGUAUUUUCCGCCUGAACAGAACUGUAUGGGUGUGUCGGAUCACGUUAUGAUUGACGAUGUUGUUUCCCCAGGCAACCUAGACAACCCAACAACAGUGACAGAAAAGUGAGGGAUGACAAAAUAUAAGGUUAUAAACUUUUGUGUUCACGCAAGUCAAAAACCGCGCCAGGUGCAUUUUGGUCUGCAUCCAGCUAGUUUAACAAGCUACCGUGAUUAGCAGAGGAAUUUAUUGAUAGCGUCACUUCGGUGCAGAAGUAAUGUGGCUGGUGCUUCUUGUUUAAAAUGAACUUUUGACUGUCACAUCUAACUGCCUGCUAUUACCCUGAUGGCAGGUACAGGAUAAUUAGGCACCCAGGUACAGGUCUGCCCUUUUAUAGAACACAUCUAGAUUAACAAACAUAGAUAUCUGAUUAGCUUGCUGUAGUGGACAGUUUGUCUUCCUUUUACAGCUUAAAAAAUUGUGAGGCCAGAACUACUUGCAUGUUACUAAAAAAUAAUAAAAUGCUAAAUAUUAAAUAAUAAAAAUGCCAAAAUCCUUACUCAGUUAGAAGUACCUUUACUGUACAGUACUUUACUGGUACUGUAACUACUUGAGUAAGAAAGUAGAAAGCUACUUAAGUAGUUUUUUUUUCACUAGAUAUUCUUACUCAGGUGCUUACAGUACUUGGAGGAUGAUAUUUACUUUCACUGCAUUACUUGUUACACAGAAUCAGAUUUACAUUCUUCAGAACAAGCCGCAGGGAUGAUAAUGAUGAUGAUGAUGAUGAUAAACAGAUGCAAAAAUCACAAACUAAUGUAUCCACAUAUGUAUUACAUAGCACAACAUUCUCUGUACUGAUUGCUAACUAGUCCAGUGUUUCUCAACCAGGGGUCCCCUUGUGGUCCAUGGCAUAAGUACAGGGGGGGUCCGUGGAAUUGUUUCUAAAAAUGUUUAAAUAUGUAAAGUGGUAUUUUUGUUAAAUAUUUCAAAAUAUACUUUAAAUACA